GAGGGUGAAAGGCCGCAGAGCUGGGUGUGUGCAUAAGACAAGUCGGUGACAAGGGCCAGAGGUGGGAUGAUGCCGGAAAUAUGGAAUCUGGAGACACGAUGCUAUCGAGAACAGCCUAGACCCGUUCUUUACCAAGACAGGGCGGAGAGGACAAGUCAUCUGGCGUGAACUGGGAUCAGCGAGAGUCAGAUGCCUCGCAGUUGGGUAACAUAAGCCCAGGGGGCUUUCAGCAUCUAUUCACAUCAGCCCAAAGACGGUUGAUGCUGGGCACCGUGCCAACCGCUCCAUUGAGGGACCGAGUUGAGACUCGCUCGAUCGAUGCCGGUGAGAGUCGCCUUUCUCUCAUCGACCGAUCUCGGCUUUGAUGCAACCGGCGCGCCAGCUAAACGAGAAUGCCGCCAGUCUGUCACCACAGAGCAAGCCCCGGUGCCGAGUUGGAAAGAUGAUCCACUACGCCCCGUCGUUCUCGUGAAGAGCCAGGAGCCCUACCUGCCAGCCCUGAAAUUCACAUUGUCACUGUGCCUCGAGAACACCUUGCCGCGUUGGGCACGCCAACUCCCUGCAGCGUUAGGUUUCAUGAGAGAGAGUAAGAAGCGAGCACGCUACAUCACGGGGCGGGAGCAGGGUCAGAGCGAAGCUCAAUGGAUGGGCCGGAUGCACGGCUCGACCAGCAGGAGCUUGCCGUGGGCAGGGGCUAGCACGCUCGUAUCUGACAUCACCUCGCGCUGCUGUGCCUUGAGGAAACAUGGCUGGCUCCUCAAGUCAAACCACGCCGGGGAACGAUGUUGCUGCGGACAAGUUUUCCGGAGCAUGACAUGGGCAUUCCGAGUGGAACAGUUGACAGCCUCGCCUCCGGAUAUUGAAGCAGGACAGGGCGGAUACCGAUUGGCAUCGAGAAAAAAAGAAGACGUGGCUAGCACAAGCAGCUUCCUACUGCCAGUCCGGUCUUCUUUCCUCUCGAGCGCGCGAGAGCGGACCCGAUUUGUUCUCGGCGCCAUCCGUCCUUCUCACCCCGUCGUCGAUGGGCCGGGCGGAUGACUGCUCAGGAUAUCCCCCGGCCGAAAACCAACCACACCCCCCUCCAAAGCCACGCCCUAUGCCAAUUUUGCGGAUGGCGGAUCAGAAGGGACAGGCUAGGGAACACGGCUUGUCUUGCGCGCGCGCACUCAAUAUCCGUGACGCCCUAGUCAGCAAACAAGUCCCGAAACAGAAGACUGUUCGAGGGCGAAUCCCGUGUCUCCACCGAAGGACGAGCCUGUUCCGGGCGUAGUUCCACCCGAUGCUCCCAUCUAUCUACCCAUGUAACCCUUGCCGGCUCUACGACGAGGCAGGUGAGGCGACAGAAACCGAGGCUGAGAUUUGUUGGGCGGCUCCAUCGUCACCCGUUCCCAUGUCUCGGUGCAUGGGUAUGCCCUGAAACGCG